AUGAGUAAGGCGUAUGAUCGGGUGCAGUGGCGCUUUCUGGAGGCAGUUUUGGUUAAAAUGGGGUUUGCCAGGCAUUGGGUAAAUGUGCUAUUGGAGUCCGUAAGCGCGGUUCGGUAUCACAUAUUAUAUGAGCGGUUAGGCCCGAUUGUUCCAGAGUGUGGGUUGAGACAAGGCGAUCCACUAUCGCCGUAUUUGUUUCUGUUCGUUGUGGAGGGCCUUAGUGUGCUGAUUGAAGAGGAAAUGAGUAUGGGCAGAUUGCAUGGGGCACGGGUUGCAAGAGGGGCCCCCGCGAUUUCACACUUGUUGUUCGCGGAUGACUGCUUUCUGUUCUUGCGUGCUAAUAUUCAGGAGAGUGAACGGAUGCGCUGCAUUCUUGACACUUACGCGACAGCGUCAGGGCAACGAAUUAAUUAUGACAAAUCGGCCAUUUGUUUCAGUGCCAAUGUCUCACAGCCGAUUAGGGACGGGGUCGUACAGAUCCUAGGGGUCGCGGAGGGCAAUACAACUGGCAAGUAUUUGGGUCUACCAUCACUGGUAGGACGGAAGAAGAGGGAGAUACUUGGGUAUUUGAAGGAACGGAUUUUAACGAGGGUGCGCAGCUGGAACUCUAAAUUUCUUUCACGGGCAGGCAGGGAAGUGUUGUUAAAGAAUGUCAUCCAAGCAAUGCCAUCAUAUGCUAUGAUGGUUUUUUUGUUACCGCUUAGCUUGUGUAAGGAGAUAGAGACUUUAAUGAAUGGGUAUUGGUGGACUGGCUCUGUGGGUUCCAGGAAGGGUAUAAGGUGGCGUGCAUGGGAAGGAUUGGCACAACCCAAGGCAGCGGGGGGGCUGGGGUUCAGGAAACUUCACGAGAUGAACCUGGCCCUGCUCGGUAAGCAAGCGUGGCGUCUCGUAACCAGGCCGCAGUCGCUGGUAGCACGUGUGUAUAAGGCGCGUUACUUCCCAAGAUGUGCUUUCUUUGAUUCAAAAGAGGGGUCAAACCCGUCUUACAUUUGGAGGGGAUUGCUUGCGGUCAAAGAUGUGGUGCGGGAGGGGUGCCGUCGAAGUAUUGGUAAUGGGCUUGACACAACCAUAGGGAACCAUGCAUGGUUGCUAUGUGAGAACAAUCCGUUCAUCACAGCAGCGCUGGCUGAGGAGGUAGCUUUGGCCCCGGUGGCAUCGCUCCUAAAUAAUCAAGAUUCUUGGUAUUGGUACUGGGAUCAGAAAGGAGCCUAUACCGUUAAGUCAUGUUAUAAACGUCUGAAUGGUGCGGUUUCUAACCAGCGGCCCUGGGCACGUAUUUGGAAUUUAAGUGUGCCACCUAAAGAUGGAAGACAAGAGUGCAAGACAUAUGUUCGCCACAUGUACAGAGGCGCAAGUUGGGAAGUUAAAGCUGAAUUCGGAUGCUACUGUUCAUUUGCCGGCCGGUGCAAUGGGUUAUGGUUGGGUGCUAUGGGGGAUGAUGGAUCUUUUUUGGCGGCGAAGAACGUGCGGGUGUCUGGAACGUAUAGCAUCAAGGAAGCUGAGGCAAUGAGUUUACGAGAGGCUUUAAGCUGGUUAAAGAACACGGGCAUGGGUGGUGUUGUAGUGGAGAUAGAUUCACAGCUUGUAUAUAAUGCUAUUCUUUCUAGUUCUUUUAAUUCGGCUUAUGGCUUUCUAGUGGACGAUAUUAAAGAAUUAGCAUCGGCAAUUGGCGAUGUAGAAUUCCGAUGUGUUAGGCGAUCUGCGAACUGUGCCGCCCAUGUUGUUGCUAGGGAGGCCUUUUCUGUGGCAGGUUGCGGGGAAUGGUUUAAUAUACCUCCAGAUUUUCUUGUUAGCUGUCUUGCUAAUGAUUUAAUACAAUAA